GGAGAAAUAAAACGAGGACAAAUGUCACAAUAUACAUGUAGGCUGUAGUCAAUAAACACAUCUGGAGAUAUAGGGGGCCAUUUAUAUCUAUGAUAGCCUAUCAUUUUACAGUCUCCUCAAUUUUACAUUCCCCCCUCCCCCAUAGCAAAUGCCCCGUAGUGAACAUUUUCACAUUUUUAAAGCCUAUUUAAUUCAGCAGGUCAUUGGUGUUGAUGACAGGAUGUACAUCUGUUAAGUUAGCUAUCUCCGUUUACUGAUCGUGAUUUACCUCUUUGUCUUUCUGCCUGUUGCUGCACGCAUCAGCCAACCGGACCCGAAUAUUGACGACGGUGUAAUCAACUGUUAAAUCAAAUGUGAUGCUUUUGUAGCAGUAUUGUUGAUAUUUAAAAACGAAGUAUAGCUCCAAACACUCGACCGGUGACUGCAUCUCUCAAGGCAUGGUAUGUUUGGAUACCGGGCGCAAUCUUUUCCGUACAGGCCCAACACAGUCUCACAAUCAAUUCGUGCAUAUAUGUACAAAAUGCAUUUCAGCAAAUUUCGUGCGUUUUUGUGCGUUUUUCUGGCUUAAUUCGUGAGAAAAGACACGAAUUUAUGUGCUUCUUAAUUCGUGUUGGAUGUGAGGCUGGGCUGACAGAACAGACUGCGGGGAGAAUUGCGCGAAAAUGGUGCACCCGAGCUCCGUACAGGGGAAGGCAGAUCAACAAGCAUAAACAACCGUAGGACAGCACAACAAGGGUGUUGUGACCUCCGUGGUGAUGUUCGGGGGCUACGCGGACAGGGCGGAGCUAGAGGAUGAGCUGUACGCGGAGGAGUCCGAGGGGUCAGAGGGUGACGACAGUGAACUAGAGUUCAGACUCUACAGCCAACUCCACUACUCCUCUAACCCCGGAGAGAGGGAGGAGGUGGAGGAGGAGGUGGGAGACAGGCGCCUCUCCUCCAGCCACAGAGAGAAGGAGGAGGAAGAUGGGAGCAAGGCCAAACGACAGCAGCCACCCCUGUCACAUGAUCAUGGUAACAGAGAUCUACGGCAACACCUGUUGGGGGACACAGAGCAGAAUCAACAGAAAGUCAAACUGAAAACUCAACAGGGUAGGAAACAGCAGAGGGGUCUCCUCAAAGGUGACCCCAGACGUCAACGGUUGCUCCAGGAGGUCAUAGUCAUCGACUCGAGUCAAGAUGACGUCAUCACAGUGUCAGACAACACGGAGGAAGAUGACGGGGUGUGUACCUUGAAAGGUCAGAGGUUAAAGAAAGGACCCCCGCAGGCCUCGACGCCGGGACAACAGAGAAACCCCGCCCCAAAGAGGAGGAGCUCCAGUGUGGGCUCUGACUCGGUGGUGGUGUUGGACUCAGAAUCCGGAGCGAAGUCUGGAUCGGACUCUGACAGUCUGGAGAGCUGGAUGAUUCUAGGCAGCGGGAAACAAGAUGGAGACCAGGGCAUCAUACUGAACCUGGAGGGAGAAGGAGACAUUAAAGAUGGUGACGAGGGUACCUGGUUGAUAGCGGACAGAGACAGAGAGGCUCAGAUCGUGAACCGGCGUGGGGGCGGUCCUCCGAAAAAGCGGGUGGCGAAACGUUACUAUGCCGGCAAGAACGUCACCUGUCACAGCUGUAAGAAGACUGGACACCUCUCCAAGAGCUGCCCUACGCCCCCGGAGCCGUGUUGCGUGUUGUGCGGGGAACGUGGUCACACGAUGCCGUCGUGUCCCAGCAAACAUUGCAGGAACUGUGGUCUGCCCGGUCACUUGAACGAGGUGUGUGUCGUACCCAACCUCCGAUACAAAUGGUGUUAUCGCUGUGGCGUACAGGGACACCUUAACGACGCCUGCCCAGAGAUAUGGAGACAGUACCACAUCACGGUAAGUGUGUGUGUGUGUGUGUGUGUGUGUGUGUGUGUGUGUGUGUGUGUGAUAUAGACCUCAGCCUAAGAGAAAAGAGCAGCUUGUUUGUCAAUUAAAAGACGUGAUAAAGCAUGAAAUGGGCUGCCAACAACCUCACGGGACCAGACUGUGUCUGUGGACAG